GCAAGAGAGCGCAGUCAAACUGAGAAAGGCGAAAGGUGAAGUGCAAAGAAAGAGAGCCACGUGAAAGAUCAAUAUAACAGCGUGCAAAACUUCAUCUCGGAUUUGCUCCUAACCAACGUGGUACUUUAGUCUUCAUCAGAGGGCUAUCAGAAAGACCGAGUUGCCGUUCAGUGUUGCUUGCUCCAGAUCCUCUCCAAGAAAUAAAGAUCAUGAGCGGAAAAGUGAUUUCCAUCGUGGUGCUCCUGGCCUUCCUUGCCAUCACUGAAGGAGGGAUAGUCCGGAGAAGCCUUGGAAUGACGCCGCACUGCCGAUGCAUCCAGAAAGAGAGCCAACCCAUCGGCCGUUACAUCCAGAAGGUGGAGCUGAUACCUGUAAACUCCCACUGUGAUGAAACUGAGAUCAUUGCUACUCUGAAGAAUACAGGCCAAGAGAUUUGUCUGGAUCCUAGAGCUCCCUGGGUCAACAAAGUCAUUCAGAAGAUCCUUAAGCAGAAAAGACGCUGAUACAUGCAUAGAGGCAAAUGGAUUAUUUUGAGAUCUUUUUGGUCUGAAGAAUGACCAAAAAAUGAAAAUGGCAGCUGAGAUAGAUUACUAUCAUUCAAUCUGUGUUUACGUCAAAUAUUUUGACAUUAUUAUUUUACGCUAGUCCCUAUAAAUUAUGUGUGUAUUUAAAGCUUUUUUCCCCCUCCCAUUUCUUCAUCGCUGACUGUGAAUCCUCUUCCUACUUUUCCUGCCACUCUGUAUAACGGCUAUUGUUUCAAGCUUGGAAAAAAACAAGUUUUGAUUAAGUAUUAUUAUUAUUAUUUACAUAUUUAUUGAUGAAUUUAUUUGCUUUGAGUUACUCUGUUAAAUUUCAGAUUAUAGUUUGGCAAUUUUCUUGUUGAGAAAAUGCUGAUGAAUAAAAACGAGAGACUGAAAUGAAUGUAAAUUGCCCUGUGUUGAUUUUCUUUCUCCCCUCCUUGGUCUGACACAUAUUUCCCCGAGACCUAGUAUGCGGGAGAAAAUAUUAAUGAAAAGGCAUGGUAAACAUAUGGCAUUAAUCAAAGGAAAUUCGCUGGAAAAGCAAUUGACAGCUGUAUCGACGUGGUCUGUUAGAAAUACACACUUGAUGACUUGGUCUGACUCGCCUGAAGACACGCACUUACGUUACAGUGUUAGAAUUUCGUUCAGCAGAUGCUUUAAUCCAAAGCGACAUACAUCUAACAGUUGAUACGACACAAGCAAGAGAGAUGAAGAGGUAGAAAUACUGAAAGAGAGGGUCCUUAUGCAUGCUCAAUAAUCUAGGUAAGAAAAUCAAAGAAGGUUGUAUUUUGAUUUGUUUUUGAGUUUUUUUUUUGCAUUUGUUUUUCAUUAAAUCUUCCUGUUUAAACCAUAAAGGCGGAACUUAAUUGCUCAAUUCAAUUCAGAGUGAUAACACCAAAAAAAAAAAAAUAAAGAAAAGAAAAAGUAGUGAUUGUGUCCUGUGUGAUACCUAUUUCCAGAAGUUACACAAUUUUGGUGUGUAACCCGUGGAAAUGGGCCGAUACGUUUCACCACUAGUGGUGAAACGUAUCUGUCAAUAAA